AUGCCAGUAACCCGGAGUAAUUCACAGACGCUGGAACAUUCUGGUCCUGACAAAGCUCUUUUGGACGAAAACGCGACCAGUCACUCACACACACUGGACGAACAUUUGGGUAAGCAGAUUUCUUCCCGUACCCCUUUGUUUGGCACGGCUAAAGGUAAUGAGGGUGCAGGCAACGCUAUUUCCCGUAGCAGUUCACCUAGAUGUAGUAGAAGAAAGCAGAUAGCAUCGGAACAACUUGCGAUAGAAAUGAAGAAAUUGGAGAUUAGGCAAAAACAGUUAGAUUUGGAGAUUGCGACCUUGCACGAUGAAGAGCAUUCUCUCGGAGGAGAUGACGACUAUGGAGAUGAAGUCAUGGAACGAUUAGAACAUGUUAAGGAUUACGUCAACCUUUUGCCGGCGGACCGGCCAGUACCCAACACUACUUUGUCGUCUAACAAAACCACACACACUACAAGACGACUUCCCGAGUUGAGUCUGGUGAGUUUCGACGGCACUCCAAGGAAGAACAGUUAA